AAUAUUAGUUUUCCUCAAAACAUUUGUGAUUUAGCUUCUUUAAUAUUGAGUUUAUAUAAUUGAUAUUUACAAAGUAAUACAACAAAUAGCAGCUUAGAGAGAUUUAACAGUUUCAAUAUUAAUACAUUUUCUUUAGCUCAUAUUAUUAUAGCAAUGUUUGGUGGUGUAAGGCUCAAAGUAUCUUUUACACAUGAAAGAUCAUGUUUUGGAUACAUUAGUCCAAAGUAUAGCUCAAAUAAUGAACAGUCUUUAUGUGUACAAGUUAUAUCAAGAGAAAAACAAAUAUUAUUAUGGGCAGUUUUCAAUAGCAGUGUACCAGAGGGCUAUAUUUCCUGUAAUCCCAUUUACAGUAAAAUGUUGGGCUUAGAAGAAGGGAUGGAGGUAUUUCUGGCCCCUUAUACUGAUGUCAAGAUAUUGGAUGAAAUUUUCAUUGAUACUGAUAGUCCAGAUGAUCAAGAAAUAUUGGAACAUAAUGUAGAAAUAUUGCAAUUAAGAAUUUUAGAUCAGCUUAGACUAGUGGUUGCAAAUCAAAAGGCUAUUGUGUGGAUAUCAACGUCUAUGCCAGUAGUAUUCACACCAAAACAGACUGGUUUAUUAGUUAAUCAUAGUAGAAUUAUUGUUAAAAUGGAUGCCUUCAAUAGCUAUCAUGGCGGCCUCACUAAUUCAUAUGCAAAUACUCCAAAGGAAACUGAUACUAAAUUCAAUAAUAUUGGAAUACUAAACAGUGGCCUCCUUGGUCCAUAUCUUAAUAUACCACAGAGGCUAGUAUUACGAGCUUUACCAAUUGAUAGUGAUGGCAAGAAGAAUUUAAUACAUCCUUACACUGUUUUUAUACAUGAAGAUUUACUUGAUCGUAAAUUAAAAGACUUGAUGGUAAUACUGGCUACGGUGAAUAAUAUUCCCUCUAUGAUAAAGGAAGGGUCUGAAGAUGAAGUAGAAAAUAAUAAUCAAAUUGAUAGUCUAUGUGUUGAAAUUGUGCCUAUAGACAAUGUCAUAUUCCGAAGCCUUUCUAGGGAAGUUUAUAAUAGAAACAUACCCACAGUACUAAUACCUAGAUCGCUCAAUAUCAUAAUAAACAUAGAAAAUGGUAUGAAAUUAAUUUUUAAUGUGAUAGGAGAUAAGGUUGAUCAACCGGAUCACAUUGAUAUUGUUACUUAUUCAGAUAAAGUUCAGACUGAAAUAGAUGUGAUUGAAAAAUUUAAGAAUUGUGUCAUUGAAAGCACACAUUCAGGUAAAAAGUUUCUGAUCAAUGAUGGAAUGGUUAAGCAGAAUGUACAUAUAAGUAACGGUUUCUUAAGAUUUAAACUGAAGCCUGAUAGCUUAAAAUAUACAUUGUUAAAUUCGGAAUCAUUCAGGAAUUGUACAGUCUCAGCAAAAUGCUUGAAUGAUACGGAUCUAGUUAUGCCCAAGUUAGCUUUGUCUAAACUGGAAUAUGAUUACAAACACUAUUGCAGGACAAUAAAAUCAUCACAAGACUUAGUCAAGAAGAUAAUAUCUCACAUCAAUUUUGAAAUACAAAGAGAGGCAAGUUUUAAAUGUGUGUCUGAAAUAAAGAGCAACAUAUUAAUAACUGGACAAAAUGGUGCGGGAAAAUCGGCGUUAUGUCACAUAGUCCAAAAAGAGUUGACAUUAUGGUCACAUAUCUUGCACUGUCGGUCUCUUAAGGGUCGAAAGGAUAUCACUGAGGUGCUCAGUAAAGCUAUUCUUAUGUGUCAAGAGCACAGCCCGGCUGUGUUGAUCUGUGAUGACGUGGACGCGUUGGUGCCUCCGAAUAUGGAAGGGGGCUCACCACAGGAUAUUGCAUAUUAUCAAAGGCUCGCUGUAGUUAUCAAGCAAAUGCUACAAACGUGUCCCGGCGUGUGUGUCCUUAUGACCGCCGUGAACAUGCAGUCUUUGCAUCCUACGUUGAGACAGUUUAAUGGAAAACCGCUGUUCACUGCGCACUUUGAUAUACCAGAGCUAAAUCAAGAUGAACGAAUGGAACUUUUCAAGCAUUUGGUCAACGAUAAAAUUCGCGAGUCGUUUUUGGUCGAAGACGAUGACGUCAUAAGAUUAGCAAUGGACACGGGAGGAUGUAAUGUUAGAGAGAUUGUUGAUUACUUCAAUAAGAAGAUAUUCAAGGCUGUCAAAAAGAAAAACGCCCAGGCGACGGAUCGGCCGCGACUGGUGUGUGACGUGAGACAGGACAGCGAGCAGACGCAGGCCUUCGAUAUCUGGGGCUCCGUCGGCGGCCUGCACGACGUCAAGCAGCAGCUCACUGAGAGCAUCUUCUGGCCCAUCAUGUAUCCAGCGCUGUUCCCGAGCCAGUCCUGUGGCAUCCUGCUGUACGGCCCGCCUGGCACUGGCAAGUCUCACAUCGGCUCGUGUCUGGCGCGUCUCACGAAUAUGCGACUUAUAUCAGUCAAGGGACCGGAAUUACUGUCCAAGUACAUCGGACAGAGUGAGAAGGCUGUCAGGGAUAUAUUUGACAAAGCAGACAUGCAACGUCCAUGUAUCCUGUUCUUCGACGAGUUUGACAGCCUCGCGCCCAAGCGCGGGCACGACUCGACGGGCGUGACGGACCGCGUGGUGAACCAGCUGCUGGCGCGGCUGGACGGCGCGGAGGGCGGCGCGCGCGGGCCCGUGCUGGCCGCCACGGCGCGCCCCGACCUCGUGGACGCCGCGCUGCUGCGCGCCGGCCGCCUCGCCAGGCACGUCCACUGCGCCAUGCCCGCGCCGUCGGAUCGUUUGGAAAUACUGAAGACGCUGACAAAGGGUGUAUCGAUUGACGAUGAGGUGGAUCUUCAAGACCUGGCGCAGAAGACCGAGGGGUACUCGCCGGCCGAUCUCAAGUCUUUGCUCGUCACUGCGCAGUUGGGAAGACUGGAGAGACAGUUGGUAAAUAGUGAGAACAGAAACCUUGAUGAAGUGACAGUGUGCAAGGAGGACAUCAAAAGUGCGUUAGAGGAAACAAAACCCUCCCUUUCAAGUGAACAACGUCUGUUCUACGAUACGAUCUAUAAGAGAUUUCGAGGGGAGACUCUAUCGCCGGAACAGAAGUUAAUAUCACAGAUGAUGCAGAAACAGAGAGUUACUUUAGCGUAACGUGCGUAAUGCACACGUGCACGUUUCUUGAUACGCACACAAGCCAAAACACCCACACAGAUGCCUUUAGCUGUACGACUUAAACUUUUUCUCUAGUUUCAACUUUGCCUAUAGAUACUAAAAACUCUUGCAUCACUUUAAAUUUGACGCGUGUUUUAUUAUACUUGGUGAUUGUGGUUGUUAGUAUAUAAUAUAAAUAUUUUCAAAGUAAUGUAUGGCUCAUACAGUUUUGUUUUGAGUGUAAUAUUGUUCAAUUUAUAUGGCUCUCCACGACAUGCGUGUUAGAAAUUGUAUAGAGAUAUAUGGAAAAUAAAAUAUAUGUAUAUAUUUGUAACAUUCCUUAUGACUUAAUAGAACAAACAUGAUAAAAUAUAAUAAGGAAAUGUUGGUCGAUCAAAAUGAAAUUAAUGUUGAAUUUUUGUUUCUUAAAAGUUUUAAUAUUGUGUUAUUCUAAAGAUGUAAUAAAUAAAUGACUGAAAAACUCAAAAUAUUUGCCGGAAGAUAAACUGAGUCAGAAACGUAUUCAUAUCAAAACCUUUAUUUUAUUAGCACUUAAUGAACUUAAACAAUAAUUAUAUAAUUUACCUCAUACAUAUUAUGUACUUACGUAUUGUUAUAUUUAUAUUAAUUAUAUAAAAAUAAGCUUAAAUAAGAUGUUUGAACAUACAUAUAUUUUAAUUAAAUUUUCUUUGUACAUAUAUAAAAUUGUAUCGAAAAAGUCAUAUAUAUUGUAUUUAGUUAAAUAAAUGUAUUUAUAUGUAUUAAUUUUCUCAAAAUGAUUUUGGAUUUGCCUAUAAAAUUGUUAGACACCAUUCAUCUAGAAGGAAUCCGCUUUACUUCUAGCAGGAAUGCUAUCUUCUAAAUAUUAAAAGUUGGUUUAAAAAUUUUAACAUCAAAUUAAAUAUAUAAACAAAUUAUCGUUUGUAUAUAGUAUGUAGAAACAAUUCCGUUAGAAUCUGUACAAUGUCUAAAUUAUGAUCUAGAAGAAAUACAUUUUUUUUCUUUGAUCUAAUGGAAUUAUCUUUUAAACCGCAGUAUACCGAUGUGAAGGUUCCUUAUUGCAGAUAUAAGGAACACGCGUUAGAUGUGUACCGCACCUUAGAACCCGUCAUGGUCUACUGACAAUAUCAGAAGUGGUUUCUACUGUAGUGAUAGAAAGGCCGCUUUGAUCUCCUAUCUUCCUAAAGUAAAAAAAAAAAAACUUAUAAGCUUCAAUUUUGUUAGCAAAAUGAAUAUAAUAGAAGCUUACAUUCCAAAUUGACAUUUGAAAUUAAAUAUUUAUAUGAUUUAAAUAAAAGGUCAAAUUAAAUAAAGAUUUUUUUUUUUUAAUAUUUUGUACAGAUUUUAAUGCAAUGAACGAUAGUUUAGAACCAAAGCUUAUUCUGUAAUAUUUAUAUGAUUGUGAAGGUAAGUUAUAAAUAUUGGUGCUGUUGAACUAUAUAUACUAUAACUAUAUGUACUAUAUAUGUUCGCCAAUAUAUAGUUGUAAGCAAAUUUGUACCAAAAAUAAUUAUUAUUUUAUUAUUUGUGUCAUAUGUAAGUAUAAUAGUAGCUUUACUAUUGUAAUGGUGGCAGGGCUAGGCAGGCUUGUCUUUGUAGGUAUCAUGGACUAUUCGUAUCCUAUAGUUAGCAGAAUUUAAAUGGUGACCAUUUACAACCACUGAUUGAUACCAUUUGCAUUAUUGCCUUAUUAGUCUAAGUAGUGUGUUGAAAUAUGUAAUGAUAAUCAUUAUUGAUAAUUUGGGAAGAACAUAAUAUUCGUAUUUUUUUAUUGAUUAUAUUAAUACUCGUAAAAAUUUAGAAAAUAAAAAUGGUUAACAAUCGGGUACUGAACUGUUUUGCCUUUGCCUACUGAGGUAUACAUAUGUAGAUAUUAUUAAAAACGUUUUUUUUUGCAUUUAA